AUGGCGAUGGUUAUAUCUCAAGCGACUAAAGCUGCAAUUGGGGGUUUCCUGGCGUUGAUGAUACUUGGGGCUGUUCUGGUAGUGGGUGCAGCGUUUGGCUGGUUCGACCCUAAAAGGGAAGAUGAAGAUACCCCUGCUAAGAUCAGUGCAAGACUCCAAGGACGCACAUCAUUUGUCACUCAUCGAGCUGUAAAUCCAGAUGAGAACAGACUACCAAUUGUAUCACAUUCAUCUCCAUAUGUCCACCAAGGAGGAAAAGAAGAUAGUGUAGCAUUGUCUUCUCAAUGCCAAUGUAGUGCAGGUGACAUUUCCCGAAUGCUGGAAGCAAUACCGGAAUUAACAGGACCUCCAGGACCUCAAGGACCUACUGGUGCAGAUGGGACUACCGGAGCUCCUGGAAAAACGGGACAAAUGGGGGAGCCUGGUCCACCAGGUCCGGCAGGCUCAAAAGGAGAUAGAGGAGAAAGGGGUGAAACUGGUGCACCAGGUUUGGAAGGUCAGCCUGGUCCUAAGGGUGAACCUGGGGCAGAUGGCACUCCUGGUCUGCAAGGACCGCCGGGGCCAAUAGGCCCACCAGGACCCGUUGCAUCAGCACUAAUGGAAUCUACUGGAUUAUACGGGAGUGAUCGCGGGAUUCCCGGUCCUCAGGGCGACAGGGGCCCGAUGGGUCUCCCGGGGCCACAAGGUGAAAGGGGCUAUAUGGGGAAUAAAGGGGAAAAAGGAUUACAUGGGGCUAAAGGCGAUAAAGGUGAACGGGGAUACUUGGGUAUGCGUGGACCACAUGGCGCGAAAGGGGAACGGGGGCAACCCGGGAAAGAUGGCACACCUGGCCUACCUGGGGCGCACGGCCGUCCCGCUGAAAAGGGUGAAAAAGGUUCCCGAGGACUUCCGGGUCCACCGGGUCCACCGACGACAGCAAUUUCUGAGAUUUCAGUGCUAAAUGAUAUUUCAAGACCAGGGCCGCGGGAUGUUGCCAAGGUGAAGGGGGACAGGGGGGAGAAAGGGGACAAGGGUGAAAAAGGUAUCCGGGGCAUGGAAGGGCCCCAAGGAUUUCCUGGUAAUGAUGGCAAGCCUGGUGAAAGAGGAGACAUCGGUCCAUCUGGUCUGCCCGGUACUCAGGGACCACCUGGUCUGAUUGGACCAAAAGGUGAUAAAGGAGAGGCUGGACCACCGGGGCCUAUAGCGAUAUCUAGGGAAGAAGCAGCAAUUAUGACUAAGGGUGAUAAAGGAGAGACAGGCCCAAGAGGCAAGCGUGGACACCCUGGAGCACCAGGUCCUAGAGGACCCCCGGGAUUGCCAGGACCUCCAGGCUUACCAGGCAUGAAUGGACAUUCUGGAGAUAUUGGACUUCCAGGGGGUGCUGGUCCGCCGGGCGCGUCGGGUCAGCCGGGCCCUCCGGGGCCGAAAGGUGAAAAGGGAGAUUCUGGCAUCACGCCAGCGACCCUUGAAAAGGUAAAAGGCGAAAAAGGCGAUAGAGGGAAUGAUGGUUCCCCAGGUUCCCCAGGGAAAGAUGGGCCGAGAGGUCCUCCAGGUCCACCUGGACUGACACCAAGUAGUAUGCAAUACUUGCCUGUCCCUGGUCCACCUGGUCCCCCGGGGCCUCCUGGACCACCUGGCUAUACUAACGAAGUUCCUAUUGAUACACUGACUGAUAGUCCAGGGAUUAGACGGGAGCCCGGUACAGGGAAGCCACGAGACUCGUUGCAGAUUCUCAGAAACUUGAAUAAUUUGAUGCAGUACAGACAAGAACAAUUUGGUUUCCGGGAUCCACUCGAUCCACUAAUGGAGAAUGUAGACUUUGACGAAGAAGAAGAUGGAAGAGCUCUGGUUGGAACAAUAUUGUUUAAAUCAACGGAAUCUCUAAUGCGGUUGGGAGCGAAUAGUCCGCGAGGAACUCUGGCAUAUGUAUUGAGGGAGCAGGCCCUCCUUCUACGAGUGAACAAAGGAUGGCAAUAUGUAGCUAUGGGAUCGCUCUUGGAAAUACAAAGCCCGCUAGGAAAAGGACCGACUCUGACGCCUUUGCAGAGUAUUCUAGAAACUUCAAGUCUAGUACACAACAAGAACUCAGGCAACGGAGGUCCCAUGUUUCGACUUGUGGCGUUAAACGAGCCUCACACUGGGGACUUACACGGUGUGAGCAGUACUAACUACGAAUGCGGUAGACAAGCGGAGAGAGCCGGGUUUGGUGGACAGUUUCGUGCAUUCAUAUCUUCGAGGGUACAAAAUAUAGCGUCAAUAGUUAGAUGGGUGGAUCCAAGGAUGCCAGUCGUUAAUAUUAGAGGAGACAUUCUCUUUAACUCCUGGAGUGAAAUGUUUGAUGGUUCUGGAGCUUUGUUUACACAUGCACCGAAAAUAUACAGCUUCAAUGGCAAGAAUGUUCUAACUGAUCCAGAUUGGCCAACAAAAGCAGUGUGGCAUGGUGCAAGUUCAACUGGUGAACCAGCAAUGGACGCAUUCUGUGAUGCGUGGCAUAGUAGCAAUCCUGGCAAAUUUGGACUAGCGUCAUCACUACGCUCUAAUAAACUACUUGAUCAGGAGACAUACCCUUGCAGUACGAGGUUGAUCGUUUUGUGUAUUGAAGCGACUCCAGUGAAUACGGUGAGAAGAAAAAAACGUUCAAAAUACCGCGUAUCUGACAAAAUACGCUUCCUGAAUGACAUCGAAGAUAUAAAUAAUACUAGAAACUCGUUA